CUGUAGAUAUCUACUUCUGUUGCUUCUAUUUUUCUUUCACUGUGUUUGGUAAUUAUUGUCCAGCAUUCACAACGCUAGAAGGGUUGAAUAGACAUGAUAAUAACCUAGCCAUACAACUUGAUAAUAGGCUAGGCCUAUCAUUGCUGUAAACUUUUGGAACCUUUAUUUUGGUAGCCUUGUCAUUGAGAUUCUUCUAUUUAGAUUUUAGAUCUAAUUUUUCAAAAGUCUAGGCCUACAGUCGUUUGAAAAUCCUGGCAAUGAAUGAACGAAACUCAAAAAGAAGCACGCAAGAAAGCGUAGCCCCUAGUCUAAAGACUUACUUAUACUACUAGGCUAGACUGACUAGACUAGAUUCUAGCUGCGCCUUGGCCUAGCAAUGAAUGAAUGGUUUUAGUUUUGUGUGCUCAACAGGUGGAAAAGUGGAUGCUUCUCUAGAUUCUAAAGUCUAGAUCAAGUUUCUAACCGAGAACGAGCUGAAAAUCAGGUCUGAUAUUUCUGCAAUAAUCCAUUGCGGGCUCCAUUGCAAAGACGGACACUGUUAUGAUUUUAAAAGUGAGCAGACAAUUCGCUCUUAGAUUAGGAUGAGGUUUUAGGGCAAUUUAGGCCUAGCCUCUAGUUUCAGUUUCAGCUUACAGAACCGGUUCUGAACACCACAAUUACGACGCUUGAAGGGUUGUGGACAGAAAAUACCUUUGCUUGUAGAGUGUUGGUGCUGUACAGACAGUCCGAUUUGUACUGAAUUGACCCUUUAUGGCCCAAUUAAAUGUCUGAGUCUGAUGAUUUUCUGCUGCGUGGAAAGUGUCCAGAUCAUUACAGAGCACGGUGUGGUAUUGCUCCCCAAUGCAAUGGACCAUCACCACCCCCAAUGAUGGCCUCCCAGCACAUGGUCACCCACAGACCUGUCGGAGCACAGAUCCCUGUCGGAGCACAGAUCCCUGUCGGAGCACAGAUCCCUGUGAGAAUGACUUUUCCUCACAUGAUGUCUGGCGUUCCUCCCCCAGCCCCUCCAUUUCCUGUCCGAAGCCCAGUGCCAAUGUCGCACCCUGCUGCUUUUCCUAUGCCUCAGCCAGGUGCCAUAGUUACAUCUGAGAGGUUGUGCUCUGGUCCUUCAGACCAGGCAUUGCGGGCAAGGAGGCAACCGUCUAUGACGUCCUUAUUACGUGUUCAGGAAACAGGAAUACGUGAAGAGUCCAGCAGCAGCCCGGGACUGAGCCAGUUGAACCCGUCCACUCCAGAGUUUAUUCCUCAGAAGGCUGGGACAACAGCCGGUCAGGAGGCGGACAGUGAUUCGGUCCCCUGGAGUCCCGAGUUAACUCCCUCGGGGACUGAACAGAGUUGUCGCAGAGAAGUCUUUGGAGAAAACAGGGAGGAAGUCGAGGGUGCCACAUCAUCUUCAAAACCACAGCCGCCGAAACAGAUUUCUACAUCAGAAGUGGGGGUUCAGACAAGUGUUGAAGGCCCUGACCUUGAGAGUUUGUGUGCGGAGUGUCUCCAGAAGCUGUCUCUGUUGAGGUCAGAGACGACUAGCAGUGCCGCUAUUUUCUCCAAGACGAAGAAUAUAUCCACGGAGCACAAAACCAAGUACAUUUGUGGUCAAGCGGCUAGUCUGCUCCGUGACUCACUGGACUUGCUAGAGGACCUGGUAGAGGUGAAAGUGAGGCUGCGUCGAAGGCUAUCGGCCAUGUGCGAGCAGUUUGGUGCUAAGCGGUCAGCCAGGACAUGCUGGGAGGAUGAAGUCAUCUGCGACUCUGCAGCCAAUCUCCUGGCAGACUCGCCCAACCUGGCAACUGCUGAGAACAAUGCCAAAUUUUUCCGUCUGCUCUCGGAGAAAGUGAGGAGUCAUUUUGAGAUGGCCCAUGACUUGCUGGCAAAAGUUUCCAGCAAUGAUGAAAUGCAGACGUCUGAGCCCAAGCUGGAAACGUCAAGCUCUGUCUCACAGCUAUCUUCUGACUGUUCCAACAAAGUGCCUCACACUCCUCUCACAGUUCCAACAGCGAAGGUUUCACUUCCCCUGCCCGCUCAGACCGUUGCUGGGCAGUUGCCAGAUGCAGACCCGUUAACAGAUCUUGAGCUCAUGUCUAGUCUCCUGUUGGGCAGCCCGGGCUCUAUGGAUGCGGCUUGUCCGAGUCUGUCUGCAUCGUCUGUGCCCACGAUGGCCAUGGUUGGUCUCAUGCCACAGAACCUAGGACUCUCCACUGGGUUGGAGCAGAGAUCUGAACCUCUUCAGCCCUUUCCCAGUGUUGGAGGGCUUCUGCCGGGUGCUGUGGACCUGCCAGGGGCUGGGUCAGAGCUGUUGGGACAUAUCGGCCAUCUUGGACUAGGGGGAGGGAGUUCUCAAGCUACUCACCAACAAGACAUAUCCCGAAGUCUUGCUACCACUGUUGGGAAUGUUGGAAAUGUGUCAGAAAUCCUGGACCCUAGUAGCCUUGACCUUCAAAAACAGCUGGAACUACUGCGAUUAAGCCAACUGCGGCAGUUGCAGUUCCAGAAAUUAAUUGAAAAUCAGAAGGCGCAAAAUGAUGUGCAGAAUAGACUUGGUAUUGGUGUAGGUGUUGAUGGCAACUUCCCUCUAGCCAGUACCGACCAACAGCUGUCAGUGCAGAAACUUUUGGAGAAUUGUUUGCCUCUUGAUCAUGCACAGGAGAAACUCCGAGCGGGUCUGGACAUAGGUUCAACUGGGACAAGUGUGGAGGAGGAGACCUCAGAGGUGGACCUGAGUUUUUUUAACGCGCUAAUGGCUCAGAACCAUCAGUCUGUACAGGGGCUCAACUCCAAACUGGAAGAAGUGAAGUCCUCGGCGUCUGAGUGGAGAGAUCCCACAGAGCUAGGACGUAAUAGUGAUGUCAAUGGUCAGAUAGAUGGGCUGGCUUCGUGUGAUGUUGCAAAAGCCCACACAAAGCCUAGCACCAGGAAGUUACGGACUGUAUGCAGGAAAAAGGUCCCGCCCCUGGAUCUCCGUUUUCAGAGGUCUACGAAAGGUGAGGAAGGGUCGUUAAAGACAGGGGCUGGUCAAGUCAAUCGUAUCAUUGACAAGCAUGAUGGUGAUAUUGUAGGAUCACACAUUGGUGCUGGUGUGUACGAAAAUGGUGAUGGGUCAAGUGCUGUUCAAGGAAGAAUGAAUGGUUCUUUAGCUGGUGUUGUGCACGCGGCAAGUGUUUCUCCUACACCGACAAACAUCGGAAAACGCAUGAACCCGCUGCAGAGGAAACGCUUGAAGAUGCAGCAUCAGCAACAGCAGACUGACAGUGACCCUUCGUCUCUCAAACCAGGUCUAAACUGUGCAGAGUCGAGGACCCAGGAAGCAGCUGUCGCUCCGAAAAUUUUGGAGGGUUUCAAAUAUGGCGCUCAGGCAAACAGCUUUGUGGAAUCUGCGACUCUUUCUCGUUGGGAGUUUUCUGCAGAGGAGGCAGAACGCAGAAUUUCGGCACUUGAAGAGAGUUCUAGUGAAGGCAAACAGGAAGUCUGUGAUGCCGGAGCCUCGCGCAGUCGAUUGUUCUUCUCUAACCUCGACGCUGUGUUCCCACUCAAGAAGUCGAGGUCAGGUCCUGAUGAAUCUUUCCCACACACCGGUUUGCAGUCGAUCAUUCCAACAGAGAUGUAUGGGCAUCGUGGACAGAUCAUGGGUCAUUUUUGUAAUGAAGAUGACCUCAGAUCAAGGUCAUCAUCUUCUGAAUACAGUUCAACGAAAUCAUUGGAUUAUAACAGGAAACAUUGUGAAGUGCCUGUGGGAGUAAUGACUAGUUGUGCAAAUGUGGACGACACCAUGGACAACACAGCUCGUGUGCAUGGUGACGUGUCUGGUAGUUGUUCAACGCUAUCUAGAAGGUCCUCGGACAGUUCGAAGGCUGUGGACGCUGAGGAGGAGAAGAGUGACCAGUGGCCCGUCUCAAGGUCCACCUCAGGUUCUCUGACUUCAUGCAGACAGUCAGCUCCAGGUUCAGGCCUUGAGAACAUUUUGGCAUCUGAAAAAAUUUCGUACGCUGUGACAGCCUCCAGACACAGGCCGCAGUCAGCAGCUGUCAGCACUCACGGCGACAUUGUGCUGGAACAAGAGCAUGGCCAGUGGGAGAAGAAGCCGUCAGUGUGUGCUCCCCAGGCUCGGAUGAAAUCAUCUAUGUAUGAUCUGGAUGAGUUCUCUCUAGAUACAGAUGAGCUCAUUUCUGCCAGUAAGAAGAAGAAGAUGCCAACCGCGCAGACGGGGGACUUGGAGGAGGACAGAACAGAUUGUGUGGAGGAGAAGGUUGAGCGGCCGGCUGCCUCGACUCUCCAUGACGAUGGCUGGAAAACGGUGGGCAAUCCGAAGAAAAACAAGAAAAGUAUAACGGGGCCAAAUCUCACUGAGUUCCGGACCUCGGACAAGUUCCACAACCUGACCAUGGUGGUCAUGGCAACCUUUGACUCCCUCAACAAGUCAGAGGCCCAGAUAGUGCUGGAGGAGGUGUUUAACGAGACUGGGGGGAUGACCGGCAUGAGACAGCCACACAUCCUGGAGCAGGCAGCUGAGGCUGUCAAGGCUUUGUAUCCGUGGAAAUGCAGCAAGGACAAGAGCGAGGAGGACAACAACGAUUCACCGUAGGAGACGGAGAGUACCAGCGAGAGUGUUUCAGACAUCCCCAGCCCGUGAAAUGAGAGUCAGAGAGUUCAGGAAGAGAGAAUGUGGAAAUAUAUGAGUCAGAGAGUACCAUGGAGAGAGUAUGUGGGAUACAGCUAUCCACUGAAAUGUGAAUUGAAAAGUACCAGCAAGAAUGUAUUGAAAUCUCCUGCCACAAAUGUUAAUGAGGUCUCAGUCAAAGGAGACCAGGAGUUGGUUGAGCAGGCCUUCAUCUGCAUUCUUAUGCCAACAAAAAUAGCAGUAUUGGUCUGAUUUUUCAGUUUUUACCUUGUAUAUAUAUUG